AUGGCAUCUAGAAUAAAUACCAGUUUCACUUUGAUUCCCAACCAGAAAUAUAGACGUAGUAAUCGUCGAUCCAGCAGCUAUUUUUCCAACAUCCUUGGCUCAGAUUCUCAGCCCUUAUCAACGCUUGGAAAUUUUAAAGCCUUGCCAUUGGAAAUAUUCCAAAUAAUCUUAAGAUAUUUAUCAGUGAAGGAUAUCAGCAUGCUAAGCAUGGUGUCCAAAACAGUCAGCCAGCACAUUAUUAAUUAUAUUUCAACCUCGUCAGGAAGCAAAAGACUUUUACUACAGGAUUUUCAUAACCUUGAGCUGCCUAGCAAGAGACAAGACUCUGCCAUACUGGAACAUUACAGAUCUCUAGGUCUGCUGUUUAAAAGAUGUACGUUGCUGCUACCCACAAGGGAAAGACUAAAGUAUAUUCACAAAACACUGGCAGAAGUUUCCUGUUUUAAAUUCAAUGGCUGUGCAACUCCUAUCCAAUGUUUAGGAUUAUCAUGUUAUGGCAUAUUUUUACAGACCUUAACGGCAGGUUGGGAUGGACUCGAGUGCCAUCGCGUGUAUAACUUCUUAUGUGAGCUGACUAAUCUCUCCCGCAAGAUGCAGGCCGUUGUCUGCAGCAAACCAGGAAGUGCCCGAAAACUGGAGUUAAGGAUAAGACUGUUCUGUAGGAACGUCCUGCUUGAUCAUUGGAUACAUCGGAGUGAUUCUGCUUUUUGGUUGACACGUAUAUUAAAACCAUGGCCAAUGGUAAAUCAGGCAAGAUUAUUAUAUAUCAUCUUCGGACCAGUAUCUCCUCAAGAUGGACAGGUGGUUUGGCAGAAAAUGAUAGAAGGACCUACAGAUGAAUCCAGUCUGAAAGGUUUGGCUGAUGCUAUUAAAUUACUGUAUGACACAGGCACCAAAGAGUGGACAGCAGAUGAUGUUAUCAGUCUUGUAGAUGAACUAUCAGUGGUUCCCCGUGAGUGGCUCCUAGAGAAUAAUGCACGUCUCCUAAUCCUAAGUGGAAACAACAUCUGUUUCACUUUCAUGGCGAGUAAAGCUGUGAAUGGACGGGCCAUUGAACUGGCAAAGCUGAUAGUCUUUUUGGCUUUGGUUUGUGAGAAAGAACUAUACUGCAUGGAUUGGGCAGUUAAAAUGAUGCAAAAAGUCUGUAAAGUCUUUAGCACUCCCAUGGAAAGAAAUAACUUCCUGCAGAGUGUGGCGAAUGCAUUCGCGUGUGUUAUAAUGGAAAUGCUUCAGUCGAUUAUGUCCGGAGACCGUGACGAAGAUGACAGAAGCUUUCUGAAUUUGUUCCAUCUUGUGCAUGCUCAGGCAAACUUCCAUAAGGAGGUCUUGUAUUUGACCAUGAAUACUCUUUCUACCUAA